AUGUGGAAGGCAUUUCCAGAGUUGGCGAUGCUUGAGGAGCUGCCAGUUCUAGACGUGGAGCCACCCCAGGCUGAGACCCCACCACGGGCAUCAAUGCACGACAGCCAGCUGGCCAUUCUCUAUGGUGCGAAGGAGCUGGUACUAUUUCCACCCUCAGCACAGCUGGGCGAAGAAUUGUCAUCAGGCUAUGAGGUGUCAGGGCUGCGUGCUAAAGCGCUGAGAGCUGUGCUCCAGACAGGUGAUCUUCUCUAUGUUCCGAGUGGCUGGUGGGUAUGGUCCCGAACCAUUACUGCCGUUAUCACUGCAAGGCACUCCGUGCAAUCUGGCCAGCAAGGUGGCCAGUGGUGCAGCAAGCAAUGUGCGCAGGCCGCAGCCCACAACUUCGCUGCCAAGUGCAGAGGCCAAGGGGUGCUCCACAGCUGCUCAGUCGUAUCGCGUCGGACCAAGUGGGCAUCUUGCAAACAUCACCUCAAAGCAGUUGACUGA